AUGUUCGGAAAAGACAGAAUGAAAAGAUGGACUAUGAAAAGAUUUUUAUGCUUUUCUAUUGGGACUGCAAGUAUUAUAUAUGCAAUACUUUUAAUAUUAGUAUCCAUAAUUAUGUUAACACAUAUGUCCCAUUAUAAUACAACCUUUUUUAUGAUUAUAUCAACCUUUAAUUUUCUUUGUGCCAUGUUAAUAUUCUUUUCAGUUUCUCAUAAAAAUGCAUUUACAGCUUAUAUUGCUUAUAAUAUUGUAGUCAUAAAUUAUAUGGUGGAAGCUAUUGAAUUUUUAAUUUGCCUAUAUAAUACAACAACAGCUCAUAGUGUUCAAUGGUAUUAUAAUAAUUUUUAUUGGCAAAGGAGUGUUGUACUCAAUUAUAAUAUGUACUAUGGAAUAAUGGAAAUGGUCAUACAUUUUUUUAUGUUCUUAAUAGCUUAUUUUGUUAUUCAAUUGGUAUGGAGUUUCUAUAGAAUUUUACAAGUUGGAGGAAAUAUCUUUUCUUUUCAACGAGCAGAAGAAAUCGAAAAUAUUUUACACGGAUCAAAUUAUUAUUCAUAUGGAACAGUGGCAAAUUAUAAAGCAUACUGA